AUGCAGCCUCCGCAGAUUUCUUCAAGUCGGCCCGCCGUGGAUUUGGACCAUAUAUUCUGGACCCGUGCCCAAUUUUACGGUGCGAUGGCCGCUAAGCGGUUAAAAGCUCUUUACUAUGGCAACAUUGCUUCUGCAAAAGCGGAAAGCCAAGUGCCAAAUGAUUUGGUAGACCAAAUACCAGGUUCUACGUUCCGGCGGCUGGUCGCGACCUGUGUAAAGGACUUGGCGAGGACCGCCUGUGUACCGGAGUUGCCCCUCGUCCGCGGUAAAGCACGAUUUCGUACAUCACCUUAUUGA